UGCUCGAAAUGAAACAAGUAUGAAGUAUCAGCCGCGGUGUGUGCGCCGGCAGUCUGGUGACGGCCUCGCGUUGUUUCGCACAGAACGCCGCACUAACGAACAUACGCAAGCCGCGGACAACUUCCAAUUUCAAACAUUUUAAUAACAUAUUCAAACUAUUUAAAUCGAACCUUUAAAAAUAUUUAUUGACAGUUCGUAAAUAAAAAAAAAAUAACAAGACGCUAUUCAAUUCGAAUUUUAAAUAUUUUUCUUUUCGAUUUUAUUUCUAUUGAACUAACUUUCGUUAUGUGGUGAUUUGUAAUUGAAAAUAAUUAAUUAGUGUUGUUUUAAACAUAUUGAGAAUAAAAUAAGUGCACGUGUUGACAAAAAUGGCGAAAGCUAUGGCAAUGCUGCAGGGUUUGGGGCAGAAAGUGAGCGGGAAAGAACAAAAUGAGUGUCGGACUCUUCAGGUUAAUAUGCCGCCCCCAAGGCCUGUGGACAUAGAAUUUAACGAAAUCACGCUGAAAGUUUCAGUGGGACUGACCUCAAGAAAAACGAAGACCAUUCUGAAAGGUGUCUCUGGUCUGUUCAAAUCUGGGGAAUUGACAGCCAUUAUGGGUCCCUCGGGAGCUGGUAAAUCAUCACUCAUGAACGCACUUACGGGAUUCGCAACAAACGGUGUGACAGGCAGUAUACGAGCAGGCGACAGUGUCUGUGAACUAAGGCCUAAGAGUUCCCUUCGCUCCUUGAAGGCUUACAGAAAGAAGUCCUGCUACAUAUUACAGGAUGACAGACUUAACCCCCUAUUCACUGUAGCUGAACUUAUGAAAUUCGCGGCUGAUAUGAAACUGGGGGACACACUGACUGAUAAACUAAAGCUGAGCGUGAUAGCUGAAAUUCUCUGCACGCUAGGGUUGUCCGGAUCAGAAAACACGCGAUGUGAUAAUCUCUCGGGGGGCCAGAAGAAAAGACUGUCGAUAGCUGUCGAACUUAUCGAUAACCCUCCAGUACUUUUCCUUGACGAACCUACCACUGGCCUGGACAGCAGGACAUCAGCUCAGUGCAUGGAAAUGUUGAAGAACUUGGCUCGCAACGGGCGAACAAUAGUGUGCACUAUUCAUCAGCCCCCUGCCUCUAUCUAUUCAAUGUUUGACCAGGUUUAUAUGCUCGCAGAAGGUAUGUGCAUAUACCACGGCUCGAGUGAAAACACGGUGCCCUACCUAGCAUCUGUAGGGCUCCAGUGUCCUAAGUACCACAAUCCAGCUGACUAUAUCUUAGAAAUAGCGACGGGCGAAUACGGAAAAUUCAAUGAGUUCCUAGCAGAGAAGUGUUCGAACAACGAAUGUGUGGAUAAGCCAGCACUUCUAGCAGUCCCUGAUAUCAAGAGUGAAGUUCUAUCUUUGGGCAAAACAUCCAUCAUCAUUAACCCACCACAUGAGCUAUACAAAUUCGGAAAGCUAUUCAAAAGAUGUAUAGUACAGCAAUAUAGAGAUUGGACAGUAUCCCACCUAAAGCUGUUAAUGCACAUGGUGAUCGGCGUGCUGUUGGGACUGCUAUACGAGCGAGCUGGCAGUGACGCAUCCAAGACUUUAAGCAACCUCAGCUUCCUCCUCGUCAGUACUGUGUACCUCUGUUAUACGUCGCUUAUGCCUGCUGUACUUAAAAUACCCACCGAAAUGUCAAUAUUGAAAAAGGAGAAUUUCAACAACUGGUACAAUUUGAAGACGUAUUACGCAGCGCUACUCAUCACCGGCAUGCCGUUGCAGGUGGUCUACAGUUUCGUGUACUCAGUACCUUCAUACUUCCUCUCGGGUCAACCAAUGGAAUCCUACCGGUUCCUCAUGUUUGUCAUCACUCUCGCCAAUGUUGCACUUCUCGCUGAAGCUAUGGGCAAUGUCAUCGGAACCUGCUUCAAUCCUGUUAACGGCACAUUCCUAGGCGCAGUCUGGACGUGCGCUAUGAUAGUGUACGCGGGCUACCUGGUGCUGCUCGCGCACAUGCACCCGGUGAUGCGCGCGGUGUCGCACGCGUCGUUCCUGCGCUACGCCUUCGAGGCGCUCGUGCUCUCCAUCUACUCCAACGGCCGGCAGCCUCUCAUGUGUCCUGACACUUAUUGCCAUUUGAGGUUAAAACUCAUAGUUAUCAGUUGUUUUCUAAUCGGAGCUGUUAACCUAACCGAUAUAACAUACUAUGAAAUAUUAGGAGUGACGAAAAAAGCUUCGGCACAGGAGAUAAGACAAGCUUACAAGAAGUUAGCUGUAAAAUAUCACCCGGACAAGAAUCCCAAUGCAGACGAACAAGAGAAGUUCCUAAAAAUCACAGAAGCUUACGAGACCUUAAAAGACCCAGACAAGAAAAAGGAUUAUGAUCUGUAUGGAUCAUUCUCAUACUCAAAGAAAUAUGAUUAUCGGUCACAAGCUGAGUAUGAUAAUUUAUUCUACAAUGGAUUGUAUCACAAUGAUCCGUUUGUGGACACGCUUUCGGGAGCCACCUUUAAAAAUUAUUUGAAGGAUGGUUUCUAUUUUAUAAAUUUUUAUUCUCCAUUCUGCCCACCGUGCCAAAAUGUGGCUGAUCAUUGGAAGAAAUUGGCAGAAAUAUACAAAGGAAUAGUAAAAGUUGGUGCUGUAAACUGUAAAUAUCACAAUUCGUUUUGUUACAAUAAUAUGAGGAUUGGCAGCUAUCCUACACUGCUCUUCUAUCCAAAUGGCCAAAACGGUAACUUCGUAUACCACAAAGGAGAUCGAACCCUGGAAGCUUUAGAAGAGUUUGUGAUGAUGUUCAUACGCAAUAAGAUUCACGUGCCGACUAUCACACAGUUGAGGAGUAAUGACAAACCCAUGUUGUAUGUGUUGGGUGCCAAUAGGAUCGGCAAAAAUGCUCUCACUAGGAUUGCUUUUCAUUUGAAUGGAAUAGCAACAGUGGCGAUACUAGACCACGACGAUUUACGUAGUAAACUAACCAGCAAUGACUACACAGCUGUAGUAUUUAAAUACAAGAAUAUUAAGAAAGAAAUAGAGAGCACGGAUGAAAAGGAGAUCCUGAAGGAAAUUGUGGAAUCUCUGCCUAAAAUAGAACUCAUUGGACCUGAUAAGUUGAAGGAAAUAAGGAACAGUUUACGCACAGGCUCUCAGAAGACGUGGGUGUUGUUCUUCUCGUCUAAAGAAGAUAGUCGGUUGCAGCUACAUCAAAUGAUUAAUGCAUUUCCUAAUAUGAACUUUGGUGAAAUCGACUGCUCUAAACACAACGAGUUAUGUGCAUCUCUUCACGUAGAACAAACGCCCGCCUGGGCGCUACUGAAGCGAGGCGGCGGGUACCAACGUGCGGCUAGCUCUGCUGAUGUUCACGACUUUAUUAAUACUGCCUCAGAAGCUGUUAACCUACAUACUUUAUCUGCUUCUGAUUUGCACAGGAUUUUGGAUGGAGGUGACACAGGAGUAUGGGUGUUGUUAGUAGCACCAUAUGGGACUAAGUGGGAACACAUUGUGGAUCCGUUCACUCGAGCUAGUCAGCAGUUUAUUGAGGAUCAAAAUGUUAAUUUCGGCAUAAUGAGCUGCACAAUAACAACAGACAAGUACUGCCGCUCAGUAGCCCCCGCGCAUGCCGCCAUACUCGUGCAGGCAGCCCGCAAGCGCAGUGUGUACGCCGGGAGGGACUACGAGAAUCAGUUGUUGGACUUCAUUGAUAUGGUCAUUGAUAGUGGAGAUCUAGAAUUAGAUGACAAUCAGGUGCUAGAAAUAUUAGACGCGUCGUCCCGAGAGCAGGCGUGGCUCGUGGCUUACCUGCCGCAGUACUGCGGCCAACUAUGUAGUGAUCUAGCUUACGAGUGGAUGACUGUCGCUAAAAAGCUCCGUCCGCUACAGUUCGUCCGCGUGGGCAUACUGAACUGCGCGCGGAGUACGAGCGCCUUCUGUCAGAACAUCCGCUCGCCCACCGCCAGGCUAUAUCCUAUUGCCUCGGGACAUCACUACAGUGUAAGUCUACAACACCUAUCGCAAGCGCCGUACAUGUUAGAGUGGGCACUCAACUACAUCGACGACUCCGUACUGAAACUCAACUGGAAUACAUUCUCCAAAAACGUUAUCGAUGAAGAAUUGAAUCCUACUGGGACCAAGAAACCUUGGCUGGUGUACUUCCAUUCGCCAAGAUGUUAUAGCUGCUAUGAAAAAUAUGCAGAUUUCGCUGUAACGGGAAUUUUAUUAAACAACGCCGUCCAAUUAGGCAAGGUGAACUGUGUAACCGAAAGAGGCGUCUGCCAACACGAACAAAUCAUGAGCUAUCCUUCUCUCAAACUUUACCUCAAAAGAAACCAACGCCAAAGAUUUAGCACCGUCAUCGACAUACAGAUAAGGGACCAUGAAUCUAUGUUGGAAGAACUAAAACCUCUUUUGAGGAGGUACGAUGAAAACUUACUGGCUGGAAUCGACCCUAGUAUACAAAAAAGUUUUCAUAUAAAACAUGAUGAGUUUUAAGUAGAAUCUCUUUUGUUAAUCUCAAUUUAAAAUGUUUGAGUUAUUGUGGUUUAUUAAACUUGAUUAUUAAUGACUUAUUUCGAGCAAGACUGUCGCCUAGGGUGUUUAUACAAAUGCUAGGGCUUAUACAGAAAAAAGCUGAAUAUAAAAUUAUCUGGACUCUUUGUUUUACUUGUAUAAAUGUAGACGACGUAAAUGUUUUAAUAACUGUUUAUCACAAUAAAAUGUUAAUUUUAUUUUAUAAAUACAUGAUAACUCAAUCAUAGAUACAAGCCAUGAAAAUAUAAUGAAUUAUUAAUUUAGGAUCUUGAGGCUUAUAAGUCGAAUCACAACUCGCAUACUAAUUUAAUUAUAAUAUGGCAGGUUUUUUGUUACCUAUAGGUAUAAUUACAUUUUAGAUUAAUGUUAAGUAGAUUCCAAUUUUAAAUUAUUUU